AUGCUGGCCGGUAUUGCCGAGGGGCUGGCGCUGGCCGAUCGAGCGCGUCUUCAACAGAAGGAUGUCCUGGAAGUGCUGGAACUUACAAGCAUGUCGUCAGAGCUGGUCAUGCAGAAGGGAAAUGCAAUCAUCAAGAGCGAAUUCCCGCCCCAGCAGGAACUGAAGCACAUGCAGAAGGACCUCAAGCUGGCGCUGAACAUGGCCGAAGGUCUGGAGCACCCCCUGCCCAUCACGGCCGCCUCCAACGAGGUGUACAAGCACGCGAAACGCCUCGGCUACGGUUCCCACGAUUCCAGCGCAGUUUACGUGCGGGCAAGGUUUUAA